AUGGCAUUUAUAGGAGGCGAGCCAAAACAACUCUUACUCAUUCAAACUGAUGAGGCGGAGAAUGGUUUUGGAAUUGCAGUGAGGGCGAAGAAGAGAUUAUCAGAGAGUUUUAAGAAGGAUUUGCAAGCAGAAGUUACCAGAGUUAAUCAGAAAAUUGUUGUAUCAGAAAAAAAGAUUGAGAACGAAAUCAAGGAUUUAAAGAAAACUCUAAGAUCAAAGCUUGAUACUUUGAUGAACAUGUUUGGGAAAGCUGAUCAGAUGAACACAGAUAGAGAAUCUAGUGUUCCAAUUAGAAAAUAUGGAGUUGAUGAUCAUUGUCGUGCUACUGAGCGUACUGGCAUAUUCAACCAAGAUGCAGGUGGUGUUGAACGUGAUUAUAUGGAUGUGCAUGCAGAGGGUCAGUAUGAAAGAGAAUUUAGAGAUGCACAUCUAGAUGAUGAAACUGAAAAUGUUACUGAUAUUGGGAAAGAAGUUUGUGGAGUGCCGGAGAAAAUUUGUAGAGUUUGUGGAUUGCAAUCACAGGAGGAUUUAACAAGUCCAUUGGGGACAAGUGUCAGCGAGAUUGUAUGCAAAUGCUUAGAAGGAACGUAUGAUCUCUCUACACCGCUGUCAUACAAAGAAAAAUUUGGAGUUCAAACUUGUGCCAGUCAAGGUUAG